AAUUAUAGACAUUACCCAAAAUAAAACAAGUAUUAUCGAGAUUCACAAUAUCAAAUAUCAUCUCCCAUCUUUGGUAAUUGAAUCAAUAACAUCUCCUCUAAACUUGUGAGGCAAGAUCAUAACACCAGCAGAGUGAUUUGAGCCAUGGUUGAAAUAUACAGAGCUUCCCCAUUGUGACUUCCAAAAUGUACAGUCAGCGUCACAAGAGUAAAUCUCCUGAAGGGAGAUGAAAUCUGCUUAUGUUUACGUUUACAAAAUAGAAAAAUAGCUGUUCUUUUAGUGAUAGCACUUAGACCCCUUACAUUUAAGGACACAAUGUUAAGAGAGCUGAAUAAAAAAUUCUGCAUACUCACACAAAACUAAAAAGGAAAACACAAAACAUGGUUAACACAUUUAGAGGCCAGCCUCAGACGAGUCCAGGAAGUGACGUCAAAUGCAUCAAAAUGCGGGGAUACCGGAUAUCCGCGGCAUACAGAUAACUCCAUUCAAAGCAUUUUUCUCUUGGAUUUUUGUUUUACGGAGUUCUCCACGUGAGUUUCAGCAAUGCCCAGUUUUGCGGAGAUUAAUGCUGUCUUUCAGAUUUAAACAUCGGAUUAUAAAAUAUCAGUGGCGAUCAGUGGACUUAUUUGAGGCCUACCACCAUGACGACAAAAAAAAAGAAGUUUAAUUUGGCAUUUAAGCUGACCGUUGUCAAAUUUGCCGAACAAAAUUCGGGAGAAGCAGCGGCAAGACAUUUCUCGGUUCAUCCAAGGAGUGUGCUAAAAUGGCGUAAAAUUAAAACUGAACUGGAACGUCUGUCUGAGGAGGACUGCAAAAGGGCCAGACUGCGAGGCGGAGGGAGGAAGAAGGCCAGUGAAGAACUGGAGCUGGCCGUGUCCGAGUGGAUCCACAGCAUGCACGCAAAGCAUCUCAGACUCUCACAUAAAAUGAUCAGGACCAAGGCAAAAGAAAUGUAUGCAACAGUGAGUGACUGCAUGGAUGGGGAGAGUUUUGCUGCGAGUGCUGGCUGGCUGGACAGAUUCUUGAAGCGCCACGACCUUUCGGUCAGAGGACUCACAACCGUGGACCAGAAAGAUGCCAGGCACUCCACUAAGAAACUGGGUCCGAUAGUGGAGCUCCCAGGUAAACCAGCGUACAAAAUGGCCAACACGCUCUCAGAACGGCAGACCGCCUCUCUACACGUGGGUCGCAACGAGCCUUCAGAGCCUAAAUGGACAACUAGACAGCAGACAGAGAGCACAUCAGGCAGCAGGCCUACCACCAUGACGACAAAAAGAAAGAAGUAUGAUUUGGCAUUUAAGCUGACCGUUGUCAAAUUUGCUGAACAAAAUUCGGGAGAAGCAGCGGCAAGACAUUUCUCGGUUCAUCCAGCGAGGGUGAAAAAAUGGCGUAAAAUUAAAACUGAACUGGAACGUGUGUCCGAGGAGGACCGCAAAAGGGCCAGACUGCGAGGCGGAGGCAGGAAGAAGGGUCCAAUAGUGGAGCUCCCAGGUAAACCAGCGGACAAAAUGGCCGACUCACUCUCAGACCGGCGGACCACCUCUCUACACGUGGGUGGCAACGAGCCUUCAGAACCUGAAUGGACAACUAGACAGCAGACAGAGAGCACAUCAGGCAGCAGGCCUACCACCAUGACGACAAAAAGAAAGAAGUAUGAUUUGGCAUUUAAGCUGACCGUUGUCAAAUUUGCCGAACAGAAUUCGGGAGAAGCAGCGGGAAGACAUUUCUCGGUUCAUCCAACGAAGGUGAAUAAAUGGCGUAAAAUUAAAACUGAACUGGAACGUCUGUCUGAGGAGGACUGCAAAAGGGCCAGACUGCGAGGCGGAGGGAGGAAGAAGGCCAGUGAAGAACUGGAGCUGGCCGUGUCCGAGUGGAUCCACAGCAUGCACGCAAAGCAUCUCAGAGUCACACAUAAAAUGAUCAGGACCAAGGCAAAAGAAUUGUAUGCAACAGUGAGUGACUGCAUGGAUGGGGAGAGUUUUGCUGCGAGUGCUGGCUGGCUGCACAGAUUCUUGAAGCGCCAUGCCCCUUCGGUCAGAGGACUCACAACCGUGGACCAGAAAGACUCCAGGCACUCCACUAAGAAACUGGGUCCGAUAGUGGAGCUCCCAGGUAAACCAGCGGACAAAAUGGCCGACUCGCUCUCAGACCGGCAGACCGCCUCUCUACACGUGGGUCAGAACGAGCCUUCAGAGCCUGAAUGGACAACUAGACAGCAGACAGAGAGCACAUCAGGCAGCAGGCCUACCACCAUGACGACAAAGAGAAAGAAGUAUGAUUUGGCAUUUAAGCUGACCGUUGUCAAAUUUGCCGAACAAAAUUCGGGAGAAGCAGCGGCAAGACAUUUCUCGGUUGAUCCAAAGAGGGUGCGAGAAUGGCGCAAAGUUAAAACUGAACUGGAACGUCUGUCUGAGGAGGACUGCAAAAGGGCCAGACUGCGAGGCGGAGGGAGGAAGAAGGCCAGUGAAGAACUGGAGCUGGCCGUGUCCGAGUGGAUCCACAGCAUGCACGCAAAGCAUCUCAGACUCUCACAUAAAAUGAUCAGGACCAAGGCAAAAGAAUUGUAUGCAACAGGGAGUGGCUGCAUGGAUGGGGAGAGUUUUACUGCGAGUGCUGGCUGGCUGGACCGAUUCCUGAAGCGCCAUAACCUUUCGGUCAGAGGACGCACAACCGUGGACCAGAAAAACACCAGACACUACACUAAGAAACUGCUGCCAGGUAAACCAGCGUACAAAAUGGCCAACACGCUCUCAGACCGGCAGACCGCCUCUCUACACGUGGGUCAGAACGAGCCUUCAGAGCCUGGAGCAACACCCACACCUCUGGAGGAUUGCAAGCCUGCUGACAAGAGACCAAUGAUGGAGUGUAACAUUACUGAAACGCAGCAAAUUGACCAGCUCAGUAUGAUGGUGAAAGAAGAAGACAUGAAAGAGGAGGAAUAUGGUCACAUGAUUUCAUGUCCAGAUGAAGACGAAAAGCCCUUUGCAGAGCUUCACUGGGACUUUGCAGAGUCCAGCGUUACCUGCAAUGAAACACAACAGACAACCGCGGAGAUUGAAGUGAAGAUUGAAGAUGAUGAUGAACAAGAACACGAUUAUCUGCUGGGAAGUGAAUCAGAACACCCACAACAGAAGAUCCAUGGACAGAAUGAUAAACUGCAACUCAAAGGAAGGCUGCGCUACUGCACAGUCUGCAAGAAGAGCUUCACGACCCUGAGAGAACUCAAGAAACACCAGCAAACACACUCUCUUGGUGUUAAUCCAAGGCAGAGUACUCGCAAAAAACAACAUGAAUGUGUUCAUUGUGGAAAAGUUUUUUCAAAAGUUUCACAUCUAAAAACCCAUAUGCUAGUACAUACUGGAGAGAAGCCUCAUAAAUGUGUUCAUUGUGGAAAAGCAUUUUCACUAAUGGGUCACCUUAAAACCCAUAUAUUAAUACACACUGGAGAGAAAUCUCAUAAAUGUAUGCACUGUGGAAAAGCAUUUUCCCAACUUCCGAAUCUUAAAACCCAUAUGCGAAAACACACUGGAGAAAUGCCUCAUAAAUGUGUCCAGUGUGGAAAAGCUUUUCCAUAUCUUUCAGCUCUUAAAGUGCAUAGUCUGAUUCACACUGGAGAGAGGCCUCAUAAAUGUAUCCAGUGUGGGAAAGCUUUUAUAAUCGUGUCACAUCUUAAAUCCCACAUGAUGACGCACAGUGGAGAGAAACCUCACAUAUGUGGCCAGUGUGGAAAAGCUUUUUCACAAAUUCCGAAUCUUAAAACCCAUAUGCGAACACACACGGGAAAAAAGCCUCAUAAUUGCAGCGAGUGUGGGAAAGGAUUUACACGUAUUUCGUAUCUUACAGCCCACAUGCUAAUACACACUGGAGAGUAGCCUAAUACAUGCUAAUACACACUGGAGAGUAGCCUAAUGCAUGUAAACAGUGUGGAAAAGCUUGCAGGAAUUAUGGUUUGAACACCAUUGUUAUGUUUAAAAUAUCCCUCUGGAUUCAAACAAACAAGGCAAAUGGUGCAAUGGUUAACAGAGUACAAUAUCAACACUUAGGAGUGGCCCAGUCGAAGUCCAGACCUGAAUCCUUGAAAAAAUGGACUACAAGACCUGAGUGAUGGCCAAAAAACAUUCCUGCCUCAAUACCUGGAUUGCUGCUAGAAAAGUGCUUUCCAGAGGCAUGGGAGAGCUAUAAGACCCAUGUAGAGCCCUGUGCUAGUAAAUAAAUAAAUAAAUGUUUCCAUUGUUUAAAAAAGGGUACAAAUAAUUUUGGACAUGAUAUUUUUCAUAAAAAUGUAAAAGAUUAAAAAUACUUCUUUUUGAGUCCAUAUUUUUACCACAUUUUCUUACAACCUUUUGGCGUAUGGCAGUCAAAAACAUAUUGGGCAAGGGAAAACAUUUGUUAUGAGAAAAUCAUUAAAUCAAUCUAGGCCUAUGACUUUGGGAUUAACUGUAUGUUACAGUUGUUUAGUUGUUUUAUGGUAUUAAGGAUUUAUUCAUGAUGAAUUAUUUCUAGUUUGCAAAUUAAAAUGCUUCAUAUGGAUUAUA